AUGAAGUUCUCAACAAUUUUAACUCAAGGUUUAUUACUUUCUGGUAUUAUCGCAUCACCAAUUGCUUCCAAUACUCCAGAUGCUACUCCAGAUCUUGCUGAAGGUUCAUAUGCUGAUAAUUCCACUGAUGUAUUAGCUGGUAACAAGUACUAUUAUAAAUUAUGCUUUGACACUGAAGCAAGUGGUUUUUGUUUUGGUAAUGAUCUCAAUACUUGUAUUAGACAUUACUAUGCAGGUGGACCUAAAUUUAGUUAUGAUAAUGCUGUUGCUUAUUGUUCUUUCUGGUGCAGUAAAGUCAAAAAUAUUAAUGAUUGUAGAACUAAUAAGAAAAAGUUCAAUUAUCAUCCAGAAUUUGCUUGUAAAGAUCAAAAAUAUUGUAAGUGA